ACAAAUAUAGACUACCUGCGUGCAGCAACCUUUCAGUUCAUUUAAGAUCGUUGCUAAUCGAGGAAAAGUACUUUGGCGCGGUGCUCCGAUAUAUUUCACCUAGUUUUAAAAAUUAAAUAAGAAAAAAUUCCAGUUACCUAAGAUAUAAACAUGCCGUUCACACCUGUUGAAACACCUAAAUGCCCAAAAUGUGGCAAAUCCGUUUAUGCCGCUGAAGAGAGAGUAGCUGGUGGUUACAAGUUCCACAAAACCUGCUUCAAAUGUGGAAUGUGCAACAAAGCUUUAGACUCCACGAACUGCACUGAACACGAAAAAGAGCUGUUUUGCAAAAACUGCCAUGCCCGUAAAUAUGGUCCAAAGGGUUAUGGUUUCGGUGGUGGUGCUGGAUGUUUGUCAAUGGAUACUGGAGCACAUUUGAACAGAGAUGACAUUGAUGGUGUACGUAAUGGUGCCCGCUUAGAGCCACGAGUAAUUGCCAAAGCUCCAGAAGGCCAGGGUUGUCCCAGAUGCGGUGGUUACGUAUAUGCAGCCGAGCAAAUGUUAGCACGAGGCAGAGGAUAUCAUAGACGAUGCUUCAAAUGCUUGCUUUGCAACAGAACACUCGAUUCUACAAUGCAUUGCGAUGGCCCUGACAAAGAUAUAUAUUGCAGAGGGUGUUAUGCUCAGAAGUUUGGCGCCAGGGGUUAUGGUCAUUUAGGAAUUUCUUCUAUGGGACUUAUGUCUGACAUAAGAGACGCCGAGUGGCAAAGCGACUUGGCACCAAAAGUAGCAGAUAUAGAUGUUGGAAAGAUACAAGCACCUGCCGGUGAAGGUUGCCCACGAUGUGGUGGCGUUGUCUUUGCUGCUGAGUUGGUUCUUUCGAAGGGACGCGAAUGGCAUAGGAAGUGUUUUAAAUGCAGAGAUUGCACAAAGACAUUGGAUUCUAUCAUUGCAUGUGACGGACCCGACAAAGAAGUUUACUGUAAGACUUGCUAUGGAAAAAAAUGGGGCCCUCAUGGUUAUGGAUUUGCAUGUGGAUCCAGUUUUUUGCAAACUGAUGGCAUGACUGAAGAACAAAUUUCUUCUCAGCGUCCAUUUGUAUGCCCUGACACCACGUCAAUCAAAGCACCUGAAGGUGAAGGUUGUCCACGUUGCGGUGGCGCCGUUUUUGCCGCGGAGCAACAACUUUCUAAAGGCCGUAUGUGGCACAAAAAGUGCUACAACUGCACUGAAUGUCAUCGACCAUUGGACUCGAUGCUUGCUUGUGAUGGGCCAGACAAGGAUAUUUAUUGUAAAGCUUGUUAUGGAAAACGUUUCGGUCCUAAAGGAUUUGGUUAUGGACACGCACCAACGUUGGUGUCCAUUUCCGGUGAAUCCACAAUCCAUUUCCCUGAGGGUAAGCCGUUAACUGGGCCUCGUUCAUCAGGUGGUUGUCCGCGGUGCGGAUAUGCCGUUUUUGCCGCGGAGCAAAUGAUUAGCAAGAGCAGAAUUUGGCACAAGCGUUGCUUCCAUUGCGCUGACUGCAGAAAAUCUCUAGAUUCAACAAAUUUAAAUGAUGGUCCGGAUGGUGAUAUUUAUUGUAGAGCAUGCUAUGGUCGCAAUUUCGGACCUAAAGGUGUUGGUUUCGGUCUUGGUGCAGGCACCCUUACAAUGACAUAAAGUACUUUUCCAUAUAUAUUUACAUACACACACAUAAAUAAAUACAUAUAUGCAUGCAUAUACAUAAUAUUAUAAACAUAUAUAU